UCAAACAACCUUGUAACAUAAUUACGUGUUCAUCUCCUCUUUCCUUUUCUUCCUGAUCAAAAGGUAUUAUUAUUUGGAAGACUGAACUCUUGUAAGAUCAUCAGCUGAGAACCCAAGACAACCGGCCCGGCUACUAUAUAUAGCGAUGACCACCGUAGCAGUGGCAGUUAAUAUCACCAGUAACGGUCGUGGUAACGGAAGCAAACGGGCCGUUAGAUGGGCUGUUGAUAAUUUGUUGUGUCAUGCUGAUCGAUUUGUGCUUGUUCAUGUCAUGCCCAUCGUCACCCACAUUCCUACUCCUUCGGGAACUAGUAUUCCUAUAACAGAAUUAGACUCGAAAGUAGUAGCAAAGUAUAUGGAGGAUGUAAGAGAAAAAGCUCAAGCAAUCUUUCUACAUUAUAAGAGGCUUUAUAAACCUGGCGAGGUGAAGUUUGAGACCUUGCUGCUUGAAUAUGAAAAUAUCUCGGCCGGACUUGUAGACUAUAUAAGAAAAUCAAGUGUAAGAAGCUUAGUGCUCGGAUCUGAAUCACUUAAUCGGAUUUGGAGGAGCAUAAAAGGCCAUGGCAUUCCACAGUUAGUUUUAAAAAGCGCACCUGAUACAUGUGAUAUAUUUGUUGUUUCCAAACGAAGAGUAAAGACCAAACUCGGCAGCUCAAUGAUCUCAAACGCCUUAAUUGAUCAACAGAGCUUGUUAAAAGAAACUCAUGGGCAUAAAUUACCUAUAGCGGUGACUACAGGCCAGACUCCUUUGCACUCUUCCUCUUCUAUUGAGGCAAGUCAUAGUUCUUUGUCAUCUGAUCUUUCGUCAACCGCGCAAAUGUCCAUACCCGAUUCUCAUAUAUCCUAUGAACAGUUUGAAUUGAAUAAUGAGGUAGAACAAUUGCGCUUGGAGUUGCAAACUACACUUGCUUUGUAUAAUCGGGCUUGUGAAGAUCUCGUUCAUGCUCAGAAGAAGGUACGAAUACUUUCUUCAGAAUGUGUUGAAGAAGCAGCAAAAGUAAGUGCUGCUACAGAACGUGAAGAAACACUAAGGAAAAUUGCAGAGCACGAGAAAUCGAAGCACUUGCAAGCUGUAAAAGAUGCCAGAGCUGCUAAAAAUUUACUUGCUAAAGAAUCUUACGAAAGGCAGAUAGCAGAACUCAAUGCUUUGAAAGAGUUCAAGGAGAGACAGAAAAUUGUUGAUGCGCUUAUCUCCAACGAAAGGAGAAUUAGAAGGUACACACCAGAUGAGAUUAAAGCGGCGACUGACAACUUUUCUGUGGAAAAGGUUAUUGGUAAAGGUGGUUAUGGUAAAGUCUAUCGAGGUACACUUGAUCACACGGCUGUUGCGAUUAAGGUGCUUGAGCACGAUGCCACUCACAAGAAGGAAGAGUUUCUCAAAGAGAUUAAAAUCUUUAGCCAAUUAUGCCAUCCAAAUAUUGUUUUACUACUUGGAGUGUGUUCCGAAAUGGGUUGCCUUGUAUAUGAGUACAUGGAAAACGGAAGCUUAGAAGAACAUAUUUUUUGCAAUAAAGGAAAAGCACCCCUUCCAUGGUUUGCGAGGUUUCGUAUAGCCUUUGAAAUCGCUUGUGGUCUUGCAUUCCUACACCGCAGAAAGCCCGAACCAAUUGUGCACCGUGAUCUCAAACCUGGGAAUAUCCUUCUAGGAAGAAACUACGUAACAAAAAUCAGUGAUGUUGGGUUAGCCAAACUCGUUUCUAACAACAUUCCUGAUUCAGUUACCAUGUUCGGUAACUCCUUGCUUGCCGGAACUUUGUACUAUAUAGACCCCGAGUAUCAAAGAACUGGUACCGUCAGACCUAAAUCCGACUUGUACUCUUUUGGGAUUAUACUUCUUCAGUUAUUAACUGCUCAAAUUCCAAAUGGGCUUCUAUUGGUCAUGGAGAACGCGAUUGCCAGUGGUUCCUUGCCGUAUAUACUAGAUGACUCCAUCAAAGACUGGCCGCUGGCUGAGGUAGAGGAGAUGACGAGACUUGCAUUAGACUGUUGCAAACUCAGGUGCAGAGAUAGACCUGACCUUGAAACAGAAGUCCUACCGAUUCUGAAAAAACUAGCUGAUGUUGCUGAUGCUAGUAUGAAAGUCGAACGCAACAGCAUUUUUGCGCCUAGCCAUUAUUUCUGCCCUAUUCUACAUGAAGUUAUGGAUGAUCCACAUGUUGCAGCUGACGGUUUCACAUAUGAGCGUAGAGCGAUAGAAGCAUGGCUUGAACGACACGAUGCAUCUCCGGUCACAAAGAAAAAGUUGAGUCAUUUUAAUCUUACUCCCAACAUGACCUUGCUUACUGCUAUACAAGAGUGGAAAUCUCGAUUAGCUUCGAAGCAUCCCCAACGAUGAUUCAAACAGAAAACUGUAUAUUUUCCCAUAGAAAUGAGUUCGAUUUCUAUUGGUUUUCUUGACUUAUGAUCGGUUUUGUUUAUUGCCUUCAUUUAAACGCCCCCUUUAUGUAUAUAUGAGCAGGAGGGAUGGUGAGUUUAUCUUGCUGAUAAACUUCAUUUGGAUAUCACAACUCUUUGAAUGUAUAUUCAAUAACUUAUCAAUUGUAUAUCAAAAGAUCAUGUUGAUUGUACAUUGAAUUUGAAAUGAGAGUAAAAUCACUUUAACUAUA